AUGAAAUGCGCCAACGAGACGGUGACCGUUGAAUUGAAGAAUGGCACAAUCCUCCACGGAACCAUCACUUCUGUCUCUCCUCAAAUGAACACCUCGCUCCGCACUGUGAAGAUGACCCCUAAGGGCCGUGACCCCGUGUCGCUCGAUACUAUCAACAUCCGUGGCUCAACAAUCCGCUAUUACAUUCUCCCUGACAGCCUGCCCCUCGAUACCCUGCUUGUUGACGACGCUCCCAAGCCCAAGAACAAGGCGCGCAAGGAGACCGGAGACCGUGGUCGUGGAGGCCGCGGUGGACCACGAGGCCGCGGAGGUCGCGGGGGUCCUCCUCGCGGUCGCGGCCGUGGCCGUGGCUUCUAA